AUUACGCAUGCGUAGUACUGCUUCCGACGUAAACUGAAAAUGAACGGAAUUCAGGUUCUCAAUAGGGUGGCCCUCCAAGCCAUUGGCACCCGUGGUCUUGCCACUUCAGCUGUCCAAUGCACGGGGAAGGGCAAGCCCCUUGGCUAUGUUCCCAAUGCAGAGGGUUACAAGAAGUUCCAGCAAUUACAAACAGAAAUGACGAGAGAUGAUGGCUUACUGGUGUGGCAAAAGAGGGGUCUGCGAGAUAAGCUCCCAUAUGCCACAUCCUUGGGGCUCUGCAUUUUCGGAAUGGGCUUAGCUGUCUACAACCUGAUCCAGAUGUCGUUUCCUAAGAAAGCAGAUUAACAAUGGUGUGUUUAGACUAAUUAUUAUUCAAGAGACAAGUUUAUAUAAAAAACAAUGAGCAUAUCUGACUUUGGAUUUAUUCUCCCACAGGAAGAGUUUUGAUUUUUGAAGACACCAUAACAUGAAGAGGAUUUCUGAUGGAAACAAUUAGCCAUUUUGAUGUAGACAAAUCCUAGUUGAUACGGUGUAACAUAAUUUACGAGUUGGUUCAGAGACAGUGCUGUGACUCAACAUCAUUUCAAUGUGAAAGACUGAAGGAAAAUCUCUGGAACAUCUGUAAUCCAUGCAUGCUGUGUACACACACCAUCUUCAUCAGUAUCUAUGGAAUCCGGAAAUCUAGUUUACUCAAGGCGUAGUCGAGGUUUUGGGCAAUAUUUUAGCUCCACCUGAGCGGUUUGGGUGAGAUAAUCAAUACUGACAGUGAGGUAUCAAUUUCUAUUCUAUAACAUCUCAAAUUAAAUAUCGAAUAACACCACCUUUGGUUUUAAAUGCUUUUGAAAUGCUUCCAUAUUUCGCACCAACCCAAGUUGUUAGGGUUGUCUCAACCAAACCUCUGUGGUGAAAGUGAGGCUAUAUGCAUUAUCCAAUAUGAAAAAGAAAUAUUUUCACUCGGGUGUUUUAGAAUUCAUAAUUUGUUGUAUGUGUUAAUAAAACAUCAAACUUCAACUGCA